AAACAGAAGAAGAUGUGCGAGCGAUGUGAUGCCGCUGCUUCAUGCUUCAGCUGCACAGAUGGAGUUGGAUAAACAAAAAUAGCAAAGUCUUACUCAGAGUUUGAGACACAGGAGAGUUCGUUCAUCAUCCGGACUGAACGCAGAAAGGACUUGUUGAUGAAGAAAUUUCAAAAAGUGACUUAAAAAUGAAGCUGCUGAAGCCCAGUUGGGUGAGCCACAACGGCAAACCAAUAUUUUCAGUUGAUAUCCAUCCUGAUGGAACAAAAUUUUCAACUGGUGGUCAAGGAGAGGAUUCUGGGAAGGUGGUGAUAUGGAACAUGGCACCGGUUCUACGAGAGGAGGAUGAGAAGAAUGAAAAUAUUCCAAAGAUGCUUUGCCAAAUGGACAAUCAUCUGGCGUGUGUGAACUGUGUACGGUGGUCCAAUAAUGGGCUGUACCUGGCAUCAGGAGGAGAUGACAAGCUGGUCAUGGUGUGGAAGAGAGCUGCGUUUAUUGGUCCGAGCACAGUGUUUGGGUCGAGCAGUAAGCUGGCUAAUGUAGAGCAAUGGCGAUGUGUCACCAUAUUGAGGAACCAUACUGGUGAUGUAAUGGAUGUGGCGUGGUCUCCUCACGACGUGUGGUUGGCCUCCUGCAGCGUUGACAACACUAUCGUCAUCUGGAAUGCUCGUAAAUUCCCAGAGAUGGUGACAUGUUUGCGAGGACACACUGGGCUGGUUAAAGGCCUGACGUGGGAUCCAGUGGGGAAGUACAUUGCGUCACAGGCGGAUGACCACAGCCUCAAAGUGUGGAGGACAGUGGACUGGCAAAUGGAGGCCAACAUCACAAAGCCCUUCAGCGAGUGUGGAGGGACGACACAUGUCCUCCGACUGUCCUGGUCUCCAGAUGGUCAGUACCUUGUGUCCGCUCAUGCCAUGAACAACUCCGGCCCUACCGCUCAGAUCGUGGAGCGAGAUGGAUGGAAGACCAAUAUGGACUUUGUGGGUCACCGUAAAGCUGUCACAGUGGUGAAAUUCAACCCAAAGAUCUUUAAGAAGAAGCAGAAGAACGGCAGCGCUCCUAAACCCAGCUGUCCUUAUUGUUGCUGUGCUGUUGGCAAAGACAGAUCACUCUCUGUCUGGCUGACUUCUUUGAAGCGACCUCUGGUGGUCAUCCAUGAUCUGUUUGAUAAAUCGAUUAUGGACAUUUCCUGGACUUUGACAGGCUUGGGGAUGUUGGUAUGUUCCAUGGAUGGUACAGUGGCCUAUUUGGACUUCUCACUGGAUGAACUGGGCGAUCCACUAAAUGAGGAGGAGAAGAACACCAUCCACCAAAACAUCUAUGGUAAGAGUCUGGCUAUAACCAGCACCGAGGCCCAACUCUCAACUACCAUUAUCGAGAACCCGGAGAUGCUCAAGUACCAACAGGAGCGGCAACUCGGCCAGUCUAACACAAGUACCGGUACUGCCGGGCCCGAGUCCGCUACCCCCAAACUCAACAGCGUGAUGAAUGGCGAGUCUCUGGAGGACAUCAGGAAGAACCUUCUGAAGAAACAAGUGGAGACGAGAACUCCUGAUGGCAGAAGACGAAUCACGCCGCUCUGCAUCGCUCAGCUCGACACCGGGGAUUUCUCACCGGCUCUGUUUAACAGCGUUCCCAUCCUGCCAUCUGGAUCGUCCAUGUCCAACCAGCUCACCCCUCAGCUGAACUCAGAGUCCCUCCCAGUUCAGACCUCCUCUCUGGUCAUGCGGCCAAGCCAUGACCCCCUGCUGACCUCACCUCCACCCACCACUGUCACAAAGGGCCUGGAGGACAACAGGGACAGUGUGAAGCCUAAUCUUCUGCUGACUUCUGCCUCCAAAAUCGAGCCAAUGAAGGCUUUGGACUCCAGGUUCACUGAGAGAUCGAAGGCCACACCGGGAGUCACAGCUGCCAUUUCCUCUGCCAUGGGACUCGCACCUGUGGACAGCAGGCCAAAAGACACCGUCGCCACCGUGAAAGACAUGAAGGCCAAAGAAGACACCAGCAGCGACAGUGAGGACAAGGUGGCUGCCAUCAACAAGAACCUGGUGUUCACCAAGCGCAAGGUGGAGGUGCUGAUGGAUGGCGGCGAGGUCGUGGAGAAGAGGAAGAAGGGACGGCCCAGGAAAGACAAGAUGGCUGCUCCCAUCUCUCAGCCCUUCACCCAGAUAACUCCUCCAUCAGAGCGGGAGCCCAGCAGGCCGACGGCGGCUCCUCCAGCUCCUGUAGCUGUUUUCAAACUGCCAAUACCAAGUCCACAGAAAGCCUUUAGCCUGCAGGUAAGCAUGGAGCCAUCGGUGUUCUUGGACGUGGAGAACGAGGUUUCGUUGGUGGCGGGUUCAAGACUCAGCCAGCUGAGAUGUUGCAGGGACGGUCGUGAGUGGAACACGCUGCUGCCGAGCUCGGUCAUCACUGCCGCUGGAAGCAGUGACAUCAUCGCGGUGGCGUGUGAGGACAGGAUGCUGUCCGUCUUCUCUUCCAGUGGCCGCCGCCUCCUUCCUCCGAUCCAGCUGGCCACGCCCGUGUCGGCGCUGCACUCUUCCGGACACUUUGUCAUGUCUCUGACCGCUGGCGCCGUCCUGUCCGUCUGGGACAUUGAGAAACAAAAAGCUGUGGUGAAGAACGAGUCUCUGCUGACCGUUUUGUCUGGUGCUGACAUCACAGUAUCUCAGUCUCUGCUGACCCAGCAGGGCGUGCCGGUCAUUAGUUUGUCCAACGGGAAGUCCUACUGCUUCAACUCCUCGCUGGAGUCCUGGACUCUGGUAGCAGAUAAAGGUGAUUCUCUGGUCCAGUGCGCCGACUUCAGGAGCUGUUUGCCCUCCCAGGAUACACCUGUGUCCACGGGGCCGCUGACCGUCAUGCAGGGAUGCAACCUCAAUGCCGGCCGCCUGGCGUCUCGCCUUUCCUCCACCCCUCACCACCUGCAGCAGAGCAUGACGCUGGCCUUCCUGGAGAACCAGCUGGUGUCGGCUCUGAGCCUGCAGUCUGCACAGGAGUAUCGCUACUGGCUGCUCAUCUAUGCCCGCUUCCUCGUCAUUGAAGGUUCAGACUAUCGCCUCAGAGAUCUUUGCAAGGAGCUGCUGGGGCCCGUUCACAAGUCAGCGGGUUCCUCCUGGGAACCAACACGUCUGGGUCUGCGUAAGCGGGAGUUACUCCAGGAGGUACUGCCAAUCAUUGGCGAGAACCUGCGAUUCCAGCGGCUGUUCACGGAGUACCAGGACCAGCUGGAGCUACUGCGCAACAAAUGACCGCCACAAAGCCGUCAGACUCAAACCAGUUCCCUGAAAUGAACUCGGAUUUCUUUGAUCCACUUGGAGAGGAUAAACUGUCACAUGGUGUUUUUUAAAAACCGUCAACGGACAAUUCAAUAGAAGUCAUGAAAUCACUUCAACACAUCGUCGGUGAACUUGUAAAAAUUCAUAAGUACUUGUUUUUUUGUUUAAUAAAUGGAAGCAGUGGCGCCCUCCUGUGCCAGCUCAGUGUAUGUGUGUAUAUAAAUGUAUGUGGAUAAAAUUUUACUGUGAUAUUCUACUGCACAGAAUUUAACAAAUGGCACUAUGGAGUGCAGAGGAAGAGACAAAGUGCUUCCUCUUUACUAAUGUGUACAGCUUUUUUUUUUCCCCCUUUUUUUUGUUAGCUGUUAGUCAUUUUUAAAUGUUUGUACAAGGCAACUUUUCUUUGCAUUUUUUAUGAGAAUAAAAUAUUAACAGUGAGCUAAUACUUGCUUUUGAAAAUAAAAAAUGAAAUAACUA